AUGGACACUACUCUUCCCGCGCCCUUCAACCUAAGUCACAUUCCCGGCGAGAUCGAAACGACCAAUAAAACCCUCAAGCUUUGGUACGACACGAUCCAAGCAGCACCCGCGGUUGAAUACCUGCCUUCUGGCAUUUCAAAAGAGACAUUCACCGAGAUCGUCAAGCGUUUUCAAGAUGUACUCGGAGAAGAUGCUGUCAUAUUGGGCGACGAGCUCCGACUGAGCUACGGAGAUCCUUUCUCCAUGAAUGAGGACGAAGCAGAAAGACGUGGAAGCUCCUGUGCAAUUCGACCAACAACAGUCGAGCAGAUCCAGACCAUCGUCAAGAUCGCCAAUGAAUACAAAAUUCCACUCUGGACGGUGUCGAGAGGGAAGAAUCUCGGCUAUGGUGGUCCUGUCGCACGCAUUAAGGGCUCUGUUAUUGUCGAUUUACAGAACAUGAACAAGGUCCUCGAUAUCAACGACAAAUACUCUUAUUAUACCGUUGAGCCCGGUGUGAGUUUCUUUCAACUUUAUCAGGCAAUUAAAGAUCAGAAAAAGAACAUAUGGUGUUCGGUUCCUGCUCUAGGCUGGGGCAGUGUCGUUGGAAAUGCACUAGACAGGGGAUGGGGAUACACUCCACACGGUGACCACUCCAACCAGAUUUGCGGAAUCGAGGCGGUGUUGGCAGAUGGGAAUCUUGUCAGAACGGGUAUGGGCGCCCUCAAGGACUCAAAAUCCUGGCCUCUCUUCCGAGGCGGCUACGGCCCUACUUACGACCAGAUGUUCAAUCAGUCGAAUUUCGGGAUCGUGACGAAGUUGACACUUUGGGCUUCUCCCGCGCCGGAAGGUCUAAUGCUAUGUCACGUUGAUGUGCCUGAGGAGCACGACCUGAAAGAUCUGGUUGAUAUCCUACGCGAACUAUUGCUCCACGACAAGAUCCAGAAUCACCCUGUCAUUGGAAACAUCAUUAGGGAGAUUUGCAGGAGGGGUCCAAGAAGCCAAUGGUAUGAUGGCCCUGGCUCCAUUCCUGACAGCAGGUUGAAAGAGCUUCAGAAGGAGCUUGGAGUCGGAUUCUGGGACGCAAUCUUCGGUCUCUACGGACCAAAAGAAAUAAUCGAGCAUAAUUACAAAGCAUGUCAAGAAGCGUUCAAAGCUAUCAAGGGCUCCGUCCUCACCGGGACCGCCUACUAUCCACAGGGGAAGAAAUACUUGGCUGCGGAUGACGUUCCCUACGACCUUCAAGCCGGAGUGCCCAGUAUGGCACCACUAAGGACGAUUGAAUACAGAGGGUUGGAUGGAGGACACAUCUCAUUCUCUCCAGUCCUGCCCAGUGACGGUCAGGAUGCUCUGGAUUUCUAUUACGUUGCCAAAAACAGGUGUGCGCAAUAUGGUUUCGACUUUGUUGCCGGACUUCAUCUCCAUCUUCGCCAUCUGACACAUAUAAAUAUGAUCCAUUUCGACCGACAAUCACAAGAAGACAAGGAUGCAGCCAACAACUUGUUUGUCGACCUCGUUCACGAUGCAAGAAGAGCUGGAUACGGGGAGUACCGCGCACACGUCGAGCAUAUGGAUCUAGUGGCAGAACAGUACGACUUUAACGAAUGUGCAUUGAUGCGGCUAAACGAGAAGAUCAAAGAUUGUCUCGACCCCAAUGGCAUAUUGAGUCCAGGAAAGCAGGGGAUUUGGCCAGCAGUCUAUCGCAAGGCCAGGAGCCCAAAUCUCUCGAACGGAGAAAAGGGAGACGCUGGUAACACUGCGGUUGAGGGUAUUUCGCAACCAGCCGAAUUAAGAAGUCAUAUUUGA